UCAGCGUGGGUGUUAUCCUUCGACUUACGGGCUGAGAUAUGCUUGGGAGCUUGAAUACUCCUGCGCGAGGAAGAGGAUUCGACGAACAUUUGGACUUCGGCUCGAUGCUUCUUGUUCCAAUUGCUUGAGAUCGAUCCGUAAUCGUUUCAUUUGCAAUUGGUAUGCUUGCCGCGAUAUUAACGACAGCAUAUCCUGGCUGGGGACUGGAGGGUAGCUGGAGGACUCUCUUAACAGAAACAGGAUAAGAUGGAUACUCAGGUCUAUCUUCAGACUUCGCUCGUCCGUAUGUACUGUUUUGAGAACCUAUUCCUUCCAUUGCGUCUUGUGGGCAUCGUGUGGGCUUGUUCUCUGGAGGCGAUGGUCGUGAGCGGUCUGCCAGCGAUCUAUCCGUGGAUCCGUCCCAGUCGUUGCUUGGAUUAAAAGUCGGUACGGACUGGCAAUGAAACGGAGGUGCGUAAGGGCUGAUGUAUGGGCGGUUGAUCGGUGUAAACUGGUUGGCAAGGUUGUGCUGGAGCCCUGAUUGUUGUGCUUGAUGUCUGUGUGCUCCAAAGACAGGAGAAGCAAUAGCUUGACCGUGGCUAGAAGAUUUAUUUCGGUUGAUGAUACUCAGAGCAGCAGAUGCUUGAUUGGUAGCUUGUCCGAAAGUUGUCUGGUCCGUCGGCAGACGUACGGCAGGUACUUCCUCCGUGGAAGCCAUUCCAUCAAAAUCAGGUUCCGGAAUGCCUUCGAAAAGUGGCUUCAGCUUCACUGUCUUACGAGCGAAGGAAAGACCUCCUUCCUCGACAGGCUUUGACGCCAGCUCCUUGAAUUCCGCCAUCGUAUCCACCAAUUCGGCAUCCAGAAUAUCCUUUGUGAAUCUGUCCGAGACGCUUUUACCGACAACUGGCAAAGGCGCUUCGAAGUUCGUUGCCUGGGUGAUUCUGUUCGUGAGCCCGUCGAGGGCCCCAACAUCCAGAUUGAAGCCCCUGUUUGCCCUCAUCCAAUCUCGACAUUCAAGCUCGAUAUCGUUCAGUUGCUGCCGGUAUUGGCGCUUCAACUCCGCUCUGUAUUCUAUUAAGGAUUGCUCACAUGCUUGCUGAUACUCAGCGAAGAUCUGCGGAUUGUUGGCCAGAAUUUUUGCUGCAUGCUUGUUUGACACAUGGAGUUCGUGUUCAGGGUGAAAGGCGUCACCUUUAACAUGUAUGACGUUCAGAGUCCUGGCCAAAAGCUUGUUGUAAUUUUUGAAUGAUUUUUCAAAGCGCUUCUUUUGGAACUCGUUGUGUUCAUUGAGUUGUUUUUGUAAAAUUCUGUUGGCUGCCGUCUCAAGGCCUUUCUUGAAAGAGGCAAUCUCGACGCUAGGAGUAUGUGCAGACAUGCUGCGUCGAUUGUCGAUGCUUUCUACUGGAGAUGUUGUUGAAGUCGCCGCGUCUCUGAAUUGAGCCUCAGUCUCAUCUUGGUUGGUGACUGAAAGCUCUGAGCCAUCAAGAGUGAAUGUGAUCACUGUGUAUCGUUGAGUGUUACCGUUGAUGAGAUGCCUCGUGCGGAUCUCGGAUUCGACGUCAAACACAUUAUCAAGCGAGAUAUCUUUGACGAGCCCUCGCGCUGCAGGGCCGCGGACCUUGCCAAAUUGUAUGAGCUCUUGGAGUUUGACCAUUCUGCCGUCUUGAUGACAUAUUCACGCGUCGGACUGGUGGAUGAGACUGAGUUGCGGAUGCGACAGGUGUUGUGGUUUUGGGCAAGCGAGUGCUUCCGCCAAUGAAUUGCUAGCUUGGCACGACUUCCAGGCAAAUGGAAAUGUCAACUUUGUACGGCGGCCACCAACGACUUUUCUUGCUUGGGAGAUCACCCAGAGUGAUCUCAAGCUGCCGUACAUCCUGCAAGUUAAUGAUCAAAAGGCUGGCUAUUGUGACUACUCUAGCAAAAUUGUAUUCUUCACUGUCUUGGAUGGAAUUUUGGAGUUGAACAAGCCUGUGUGUGGCAAAGAAACAGUCUGGAGUUGAGAAACAACAAAUAUACGUCUUGUGCUAACAGUUUCCUUGCCUCUUUGUUUCCUAUCUCGCCUCUUGUUACGAUAUUCACCAGCCGUCUUCUAGCACUAUUGCUAUUCAAUUCUAUGUCUUUUGAGUAAUUAUAAACGCGCCCUCGAAUGCUUUCUGUCUUGUUUAGUUCUUUAUCGACGCUGUUUUCCCCAUUUCGAGACCCUUGAGACCCUUGAUCUCGAACUCAACAGUAGCGUCGCCAUGGAUAUCUCACAAGACCAACUAUCGUCUAUAGACAUCAAAGCAUACUGCUCUUCGAGUAUUGAGCUAGUCGAAACCAUAUCAAAUAUUGGAGGCAAGGAACAGGGGGGAAAUGGAGACAAAUCGCCACCAGAGCUCCCAGAAAGGGAUGAGUUCCUCGAGGCAGUACUUGAAGCAGCCUUGGCACCUUGUUCUGGUACCUCUUCAUUUCGAUGGAAUGGAGUGGUUGAAUCAAUAAGUCAAGCUUCACCUCUGCCUCCCCCACGAGAGCAGAGAAUUACCUUCCACCUCGUUCGACAUGCCGAGGGACCUCACAACCUCAGAUCAAUCCCAGAGAAAGAUCGAGUCGCCAUGCUUGACCCAGGUCUCACUACAUACGGCACCGCCCAAUCGGAGCUCCUCUCGCAACGUUUCAAUACCAUGAAGAAGGUCACCCACAUUCUUUCCUCUCCUCUCAGCCGCACCCUCCUCACUGCCUUAGUCGCUUUCAAGCCUGCCAUCGAUCGUGGUAUCCAAGUCAUCCUGAUCCCUGACCUUCGAGAAUGCGGCCAAGGUCUAUGUAACACGGGCAGUAACAUUCCCGAUCUCGUGGAGGAGUUAUCCGAGAAAGAAAUGGGUUUCCGAAAAGACUGUAUUGAUUCCAGCUAUUGCUAUACCGGUUGGGAGCACAAUACUGAAUCUUGGGACGAACAUGACUUGCGGCAUGAGCGAGCAGACCGUAUGAGAUCAAUGCUUUUCCAUCUAGGGCAGAUCGCGGCAAACCAAUCAAACGAUGAUGUUGAAAUUGUUAUUGUCACACACAGUCGAUUCAUCAUGGCAUUAGAAGAGACUACAAACAGUAGGUUUAUUCUGAUUAAUGCAAGAUGCAUACUAUAAUGCAGAAUAUAAAAGCUACCAAAUUGUUGAAGAUUUGGAUGCUGCUCCUGGUCUUGAGAAAUUUACAUUGAUUGAAACCGAGGAAAGCAAGGUUUAUGUCCAUACCCACCCCGAGGAUAUCAGUUUGGCGGAAUAAAGUAAGAAUGGCAAUACAUGCUGAAAUACCG